GUGGGUUGUGAGUGCCCACGAAGGAUACACCUCAUGCAUCCUCCGAAUUCCCGUGAAAGAAGGUCACAUUCGAAGUGUCCUACUCGAUUUUCUGAAACUAGAAAUCCUUGAUGACGUAUGCAGCCGACAAAUGCGACCUUCGGAGGAAGAAUCCAUCCAAACGAGACACAGCCUGCAUUAAAUCAAAAGUGAAACAAAAAAUGGGAACACUAAGGCAUAUUGGAACCACAUUCGCAAGAUAACAACGCCGUAAGGGUCCAAAAUCACAAAAUUUAAGAAGCCUCUCAUAUGAAGAAAGUGAGACAGUGGAAGACUUGAGUCCAGCUCAAAAGGAAAAAAUGGAUUCACCUGAACCCAGCUGUGUUUCCUUGAAGACUGACCAAUCCAUGGAAAUUCCACUGAAUUUCAAAGGCUCUUUUAGUUCAGUUCAGGAGAGCUCAGGAUCACCACAACAUAGCUGUGUUUCUGUGAAGAGUGACCAGUUAGUGGGCCAACCCAUUGAUUUUAAAGAUGGACACUUUUCUUCUAAGCAAAGCAAUGACAAACAGACUGAAUCAAAGUCCUCCAACAGAGAGCAACUUGAGACUGUUUUCAAGGAGCUUGAGCACAGAAUCAUCUCUCUGAUGAAGAAGGAGCUAAAGAAGUUCAAAAGGUUACUAAGCCCAGAUUCCCCAGCAUGUUCUGAGAGAGAGGAGGAGGAUGAUGGUCAUAGCACAGUCAGAGAGGAGGUUUUGAAGAUCACACUGCAUGUCCUGAGGAAGAUGAACCAGACAGACCUCGCUAACAUACUUCUCAACGAACAGGCUCCAGUAUAUCAGAAAAAACACAAAUCUAGACUUGCAAUGCAGUUUCAAAAAAUGAAUGAGGGAAUAUCGAAUAAAGAAAGCUCAACACUUCAUGAGAUCUACACAGAGCUAUACAUCACAGAAGGAUGGAGUGCAGAGGUCAAUACUGAACAUGAGGUGAGACAGAUUGAGACAGCAUCAAGGCGACCAGAGACACAGGAAACACCAAUCAAAUGCAAUGAAAUCUUUAAAGCCUUAUCUGGACAAAACAAACCCAUCAGAACUGUACUGUCUAAAGGAGUUGCUGGAAUUGGAAAAACAGUCUCUGUGCAGAAGUUCAUCCUUGAUUGGGCCGAAAAAAAAGCCAACCAGGAUGUUUACUUCAUGUUUCCACUUCCUUUCAGAGAGCUCAAUUUGAUGGAGAAAAAUCUUAGUCUGAUGGCGCUUCUGAAUCACUUUUUUGUAGAACUGAAAGAACUGAGAAUGAAAGACUUCAAUGACUACAAAGUCAUAUUUAUCUUUGAUGGUUUGGAUGAGUGUCGACUUUCUUUAGAUUUUCAAGACAAUCGAAGCUUGUGUGAUGUAACAGAAUCAGCUUCGAUAGACGUGCUUUUGACCAACCUUAUAAAGGGGAAUCUGCUUCCGUCUGCUCUCCUCUGGAUCACCUCUCGACCAGCAGCAGCCAGUCAGAUUCCUCCUGAGUAUGUUGACCAUGUAACAGAGAUAAGAGGGUUCAAUGACCCUCAAAAGGAUGAGUAUUUCAGGAAAAGAAUAAAAGAUCAGAAACUGGCCAAAAGAAUCAUCACACACGUCAAAUCAUCAAGAAGCCUGUACAUCAUGUGUCACAUACCAGUCUUCUGUUGGAUUACAGCUACUAUUCUAGAAAGAAUGUUGAGUGAAGCAGAGAGUGCAGAGAUCCCCAAGACUCUCACUCAAAUGUUUACAUACUUCCUGAUCUUUCAGAUGAAACAAAGGAGCCAGAAAUACCAUGGAAAUAGUGAAAUCGAUCCUCACCAGACCAGAGAGAUUGUGCUUUCCCUGGGAAAGCUGGCCUAUCAACAUCUGGAAAAAGGGAACAUUAUCUUCUAUGAGGAGGAUCUGAGAGAGUGUAGCAUUGAUGUUACAGAAGCAUCGGUGUACUCAGGAGUAUGUACCCAAAUCUUCAGAGAGGAGUUUGGACUGUACCUGGGGAAGGUGUACAGCUUUGUGCAUUUGAGCAUUCAGGAAUUUCUUGCUGCUGUGUACAGGUUUCUAUUAUUUGAUCAAGACAAAGAAAACCAGUCAAACAUAACAGAUUUUCUGAAGAGUGAAGUUGACAAGGCUUUACAGAGUGAGAAUGGACACCUGGACCUUUUCCUGCGAUUCCUUCUGGGUCUCUCACUGGAGUCCAAUCAGAUUCUCUUUCAAGGUCUACUGACACAGACAGGAAGCACCUCUCACAGUGAUCAGGAAAUAAUUGAGUACAUAAAGCUGAAGAUCAGGGAGAAUCCCUCUCCAGAAAAAUCCAUUAAUCUGUUCUACUGCCUGAAUGAACUGAAUGAUCAUUCUCUAGUGAAGGAAGUCCAGAAAUACCUAAGCAUAACAAGUGCCAGUAAAACAUCUGACAUCAGACUGUCUCCAUCCCAUUGGUCAGCUCUGGCAUUUGUGUUGCUGAACUCUAAAGAGGAUCUGGAUGAGUUUAAACUAAGUAAAUAUGAUCCAUCUGAAACAUGUCUUCUGAGGCUGCUGCCAGUGGUCAAAGCAUCUCAAAGAGCUAUUCUGAGUGACUGUAAUCUCAAAGAUAAAAGCUGUGCAGCACUGGCCUCAGUUAUCAGCUCAAAGUCCUCAAGGCUGAGAGAGCUAGACCUGAGUUAUAAUAACCUGCAGGAUUCAGGAGUAAAGCUGCUCUCUGAUGGACUGAAGAAUCAACAUUGUAAAGUGGAGACAUUGCAGUUGUCCAACUGCAGUAUUACAAAUAAAGGCUGCACAGAUCUGGCUUUGGCUCUAAGCUUAAACCCCUCACACCUAAGAGAUCUGAACCUAAGUGACAAUAAACCAGGAGACUCUGGAGUGAAGCUGCUCUCGGAUCUACUGAAGGAUCCCCGUUGUAAACUGGAGAAACUAGGGUUGUCCAACUGUGGUAUCCCAGAGGAAGUUUGUACUGCUCUGGCAUCUGCUCUGGGGACAAACCCCUCACACCUGAGAGAACUGAAUCUGAACUGGAAUAAUACAGGAGAUUCAGUAAAGGAGCUCUCUGCUCUACUGGAGGAUACACACUGUAAAUUGGAGAAACUACAGUUGUCUUGCUGCAGAAUUAAAGAGGAAGGUUGUGCUGCUCUGGCUUCAGCUCUGAGAUCAAACCCCUCACACCUGAGAGAACUCAAUCUGAGUGGGAAUAAACUAGGAGAUUCAGGAGUGAAGCUGCUUUCUGAUCUACUGAAGGAUCCACAGUGCAAACUGGAGAAACUACAGCUGUAUAAUUGUAGAAUUAAAGAGGAAGGUUGUGCUGCUCUGGCUUCAGCUCUGAGAUCAAACCCCUCACACCUGAUAGAACUUAAUCUGAGUGAGAAUAAACCAGGAGAUUCAGGAGCUAAACUGCUUUCUGAUCUACUGGAGGAUCAACUAUGUAAAAUUGAAAGCCUCAGGCUGUCUAACUGCAAUAUUGGAGAGGAAGGUUGUGCUGCUCUGGCUUCAGCUCUGAGAUCAAACCCCUCACACCUGAGACAGCUGAAUCUGAACUGGAAUAAACCAGGAAACUCAGCUGUGAAGCUGCUUUCUGAUCUAUUAGAGGAUCCACAGUGUAAAUUGGAGAAAUUAGACAUGAACACACCCUACAAGUGAUAUGCUAUGAGUAUCAGACACAGAGGGCCAUUCAGAAGACAUUGUGCCUGUGUGAUUGAUUUCCCUUCCCCAGUUUAGGAGCUCCUCCCCCUUAUUAUCACCUGUCUCCUGUGAUUGGCUGAACAACACAGAUACCUGGAUUUGGAGGGAGUUAAAAGGGAGAACAAAGAAGCUGCAAAAGAGCUGUUGUCUGAGGUGUUGUUUGGGUAUUAGUUGUAGGAUCUCAUGGGCCAUUUCAUGGAAUCGUUAAUUUCCACGCUCAGAGGCCCCUGGAAAUUCCUCAGAAGCCAUAAACUAAGAAACUGACAAAAUGGCUCCUUAAAGUCUGGCAUGACCCAGCUAAAUGAGAUAAGGCCAUCUGUGCAACUUAGUCAUUUUGAGAAACAAGGGCAGAUCUGUCCGAACAAACACUUGGAAAACCCCCACCACAACACAUUCCAAGAGAGAGUUAAAGAACCGUCGCCCUCGAAACCCAUGAAAUAACCAAUUUGACACACUUGAAAUGAGACAUUUCCUGGGGAACGCCUGACCGUCAUAUGCUAAAACUCACCCAAGACAAAAAGAGCUUGAUGACUUGAAGAAAGCAGGCUUUCUUUGAAAGGAUUCCUUGGUAUUAUCUUUAGCAGAAUAAACUAAUGCUCAUAACUUCAAAUGUACAAAUGAAUUUUUCAAGUGUGUACAAGUGUAUCUCAGGACAUCUCAUCUUAAUCUAGGAACUUUGACACAAACGCAAAAUUUACUGUAAUGUAAUUUUAUCCUGCAUCUAAUCUGCCAAAGUGCCUAGAACGUUCAAUUCAAGGUUUAACCUGAUCAUAAUCCUGACAAUUAUGUUUUUCAUAAUGUGUAAUGUAUUAUUCUUGUUUAAAACUAACAAACUAAUUAGUAGGAAGUUCAUGCAUUAUAACUAAAUGAUAAUUGAAAUUUAAUAAGAAAGUAUGUCAUGUUUAAUAUGGAAAUGUUUGCCUGUUUAUGUAGAAAAUGUUGAUGUUAACAGAUGUCAUGUCUCUUAAACUGAUUUCAAGAUAUAAAAUGUAUGUUUAAAACAUGUACUAUUUUUAAGAAUCCUUUACACAAAGGAUUGUAAAGCAAAUUUGAAAAGGACAGAUAAGCUGACCAUGUGACUCUGGAAAGCCGCCUCUGAUUGGCUUAGAGCAUCUUUGUGCUGCGGCCAGUCUACACUCAAGACUCUGGUACCAAAGAAGUCUCUUCGGUCUUCUCUCUUCUUCGGCUUUCUUCUCCACUUCUUCACUUCCUCUGCAGCUCCUCAUUCCUCCAUGCUCUUGCCCUCGUGGCGUGCAGCCUCCGUGCCAUGUAGAGUCCAAGGAAGCUCGGGACACGAAGUCCCGAGGAAGCCUCUCACUCUCUGCUCUAUGGUUCACACACGUAUUGGGAGUCCCGAGUCUUCCUUGCAGAAAAAUCAUUUAUUCAUCGACGCAACGGACAUCCACGAUCUGGGAGGCGGUCCAAGAUGGCGGCUUGUUAAGACAACUUUUUGUAGCUCUGCUGACUGAUAACUUUUUUUUUUUUUUUUUUUUUGCACUUUUUUAAUAAACUUUUUGUUCAUUCACUUAAGAUACAGCUGCUGCAGAAAAAUGCCGAAAAGCGUAAAGAAAGGGCGAAGAAUUUGACGGACGUGUGUAUGGAAAUGCAUGACUACUAAUUAUCUGCUGGUGCUCCAGAUUUCUGUCCAGUUCUUCUCCCUGACACCCCAAUUAAAGCUGCUCCUAAGAAAGGGAAGAUUGAAUCCUUGGAUGACGUGGUCGCGAUGUUAUCGUCCGUUUCAUUGUUGAUUAAUGAGCGUUCUUAUUCUCUGGAAAAGUUGGUGAAUGCCAAUGCGAUGAAAAUAGAGGGUCUGAAAAAAAUGGUCGACUUUGUCUCCGCUGAAGUGAAGGACAUGAAAGUGAAGGUUGAACAACUUGGUUCCAGGCUACAAAUUGAGGAACAACGAAUAGAGAACUGUGAAACUUGCCUUUCUGAUUUGGAGAGGUAUUCCAGAUGCUAGAAUCUUUGCCUUCGGGGGGUACCUGAGAAAGAGAAGGAGAGCAUCAGGGAUGAAGUCAUCCACAUUUGUGAACGUACAUAUCCCAAAGGAAAGGACAGAUUCUUCUUUACCACUGAUGUUGUUCAGAGGCUGGGAAGAAAACAGGAUCAAGUUGGUAGCAAAUCCAACCCACGUGUUGUUAUUAUACAGUUCAUCUCCCGCAUUGUCAGAGAUGCAGUAUGGAAGGCAGGGAAAUCUUCUGCUUUUCUGAAGGAGAAUGGGAUGCAGUUUGCAGAAGACCUUAUCCCACUAGACCAAGAAAGACGAAAGAAGUUAUGGUCUAAGGUGGAGGAAGCCCAUGCUGUAGGAAAGUCGCCCAUGCUUAUAUUAAUGGAGUCGAAAUUCAUCUGCACACGUCUGUUGAAAGAUGAAAAAAAAGGUCUACAGACAAAGUUCAUGUCUAUGGAUAAAGUCUCGUAUAACGGAAAAAAAAAUUAUGUUUAGGGAUACAGUCCCAAUGUGCGAACAAAGUUCCCGUCUAAGGACAGUUCUCAUCUAUGGAUAAAGUUCCUGUGCGUGGACAAAAUUCCUGUUUGUGGACAAAGUUCCCAUCUAUAGACAAAUGCUCCAGCUGAUGGAUUAAGUUCCUGUCUAUGAUUAAAGUCUUCUGUGCGGGCAAUGUUCUUGUCUAUUGAUAUAGUUCUAGUCAACGGAAAUACUCAUACAUGUAAAAAUUGGUAUGACAUUUAAUACUUUAUUUGCCAGUAUGGUUAAGGUUGUGCUGCUCUGCUUAGGUAUAGUUGUCAUUUAUUGGCGGUUAUCUAUUAAUAUUUGGUCAGUUGAGCUACCAUUUUCAGGUUUACACUACUUUUUGUACUUUUCUUGAACUUGUUAUAACAUUCUCGUUCUUUUUUUUCCCUCUAUUUCAUUAUAUCUGUUUCUGUUAACUCUCUAAAUGCUAGGGGAAUUAGAGAUUCUGUAAAGCAUAAAGCUCUUUUUCUUUUUGGGAAAACAUAUAACAGAUUUCUUUAUUUUUAAUUUUUUUCAAGAGUUGCAAUCAACUACGAAUGAUUAAAGUUUUUGGAAAUCACAAUGGGGAGUUGAUGCUUGGUUUUCUCAUGGGUCAGAACGUUCAGCAGGUGUUUUAGUGCUUAAGAAUAAAUUUGCUGGUAAUGUCUUACAUUGUUACUGUGACCCCCAUGGUCAUCUUAUAUUCAUGGUUAUUUCAAUCAGUAAUAUCUUUAUCUUUCUGAUGAAUAUUGAUGAAUACAAUACUUUAU